AUGUCAGCGAGAAAGUCAAAAGUGUGGGCAUUUUUCGCCAAAGUCAACGAUAAAAAGGCCCUCUGUAAUAUUUGCAAGGCCGAAGUGGCAAGUUCUGGCGGCACAACUAAUAUGUCAACUCAUCUGAGGAGGCAUCACAAAAUUGAUCCAGCCAUUCAAUCUAACGCAUUGGAGAAAAAGUUACCUUCAGGAAAGGUCUCUGAUACAGUAACUGCAAGUGCAAGCAACAGCUGCUCAUCCUCAUCAGUAUCAGCGAAUCCAUGGACAAUAUCUCAACAAGCAAAACUUCCAUUGGCAAAUUCAAAUGAGAUUACAAACUCUGUAGUAUAUUAUCUCAUUCAGGACCUGCGCCCUUUCAGUACCAUAGAAAGCCAACCAUUUAGAAAAAUGUUAUUUGCCUUGGAGCCCAGGUACCAACCUCCAAAUCGGCACACAUUGGCAGAGAAGCUGAUACCUAAUCUGUUGGAGAAAGAGAAAUCAGCACUUCAAAGUGAACUUAAUCAAGCCCUUGCAGUUGGUUUGACAUCGGAUGCAUGGACAUCAAGGUCUGCGGAUUCGUACUUAACCAUCACUUGUCACUACCUUAAAGAUUGGAAUUUGCAGUCAAAAGUCCUGCAAACUGAACAUUUUCAUGGAAGCCACACUGGAGAAAAUGUUGGUCUUGAACUCAAAACAGCUCUAUUAAACUAUUAA